AUGGACAUACUGGCCCGCACCUGCACCGUGAUUUCGUGGGAUGAUCGACGGUUUUGGGAUAAGCUUCGGUUCGCCAUGCCCGACAUUGGCAAAGGCGAUCCGGUGAAUAAGUCAUCGCACCGGAAGAACAUCAACAUCCGCUACACACCGGCACCGACGAACAAUCUGAUGGUGGGCGGUGGUGGAGCCUCGGCACCUUCUGCCACCACGUGGCCCAAGCGUCUCAACUCCGAGGUCUGCAUCCAGCAGCAGCAGCAGCAACAGCAUCACUUGGCACACCAUCAGCAACCGUAUCCGGUUCCACAGCCACGGACCAGCAUGGGGCACGGUAGUACUUACAACACAGAGGAUGACGAUGGUCCUUCGACGGCUGCCUCUUCACCACAGUACGAGGCACCAACGCACCCCGGUGGUGUCUAUCCUGGCAGCCAUCUGCAUCCCGUGCAGUAUCAGCAUUCCGUCGGAACGGGCGGCGUCGUCGGUCAGUCGCACAUUCCGUCCUCGCAGUCACCUCACCUUCCGCAGACGAUGCCCCAUCCACACCAUCAUCAUCACCAUCAUCCACACCAUCAUCACCAUCAUCAUCCUGGCGGUGGUGGUGGUCCCGGGGUUCCGAACUUUAACUGCGGCACGGGAACGCUUGGCCACGUGUACUCUACCAUUCCGGAGCCACAGUACAACCAGUCCAUACACUCGUCAUCCUCGAUCGGUGGUAGUCAAAGCCAGCAGCAGCAGCAGCAGCAACAGGGGCAACCACAUCUUCCGGCAGCUGGCACAUCUCGCCUUCUGCCACCAAACGGUGAUCACGGCAAUCGGCCAUAUUUUGUGUAAUGUUGAACCUAGAGGAGCUUUGUCUGGUCCCGUACCCCUUUUCCCAGGCGGGAUCGGACACAUGUAUAUGUAUAGCCUGAUUGGAGCGGAGGGUGCAGAUGCGUUGCAAUUGCGAUAUCAUCCUACACAGCGUCUCUGCCACCACUCACUCACCCCCCCUCCCUCCCGCCUCCCCGCCCCAAAAACGUACUCUUUUUAGGUUAGGAUUCGAAUUUUAACAAAAUAAACCAACAAAACACAAGACAUUAUAAAA